GCGCAAAGAGAACUACACUUCCCAGGAGGCAACGGGGCCUGCCAUGUUUUUCCCGUGCUCCUCUUGGCCAGCCGCCCCACACGCCGUCGGCUCUAUAGCAACGGUAGCUAGCGGCGGGGAGAGAGUGGCGAUAGGCAAUGUCUGGUCCAGCUGAUGAGACUGCAGGAGACCUGCCUGUGAAAGAUAUAGGUCUGAAUCUCUUUGGAGUGGGAGGGUUACAAGAAACUUCAACAACACGGACAAUGAAGUCUCGCCAAGCAGUGUCACGUAUCAGUCGUGAGGAACUGGAAGACAGAUUUUUACGUUUGCAUGAUGAGAACAUUUUACUUAAACAACAUGCCCGCAAGCAAGAGGAUAAAAUUAAAAGAAUGGCCACCAAGUUAAUACGGCUAGUUAAUGACAAGAAAAGAUAUGAGCGGGUUGGUGGCGGCCCCAAGCGGCUGGGAAGAGAUGUGGAAAUGGAAGAAAUGAUUGAGCAGCUGCAAGAGAAAGUUCAUGAGCUUGAAAGACAAAAUGAAGCCCUCAAAAACAGAUUAAUUUCAGCCAAACAGCAACUUCAGAUCCAGGGUUACAGGCAAACUCCAUACAGUUAUGUGCAAUCUCGUGUUAACACUGGGCGUAGAAAAGCGAAUGAAAAUGCAGGCUUACAGGAAUGCCCCAGGAAAGGUAUUAAAUUCCAAGACAAAGAUGUAGCAGAAACUCUGCAACCCAUGCCUACAAAAUAUGGCAACAGUUUACUUGAAGAAGCCAGAGGAGAAAUACGAAAUUUAGAAAAUGUAAUUCAGUCACAGAGAGACCAGAUAGAAGAGUUAGAGCACUUGGCUGAGAUCCUGAAAACUCAGUUGAGGAGGAAAGAAAAUGAAAUUGAGUUAUCUCUUCUUCAGCUUCGAGAACAGCAGGCUACAGAUCAAAGGUCAAACAUUCGGGACAACGUAGAAAUGAUUAAGCUUCAUAAGCAGCUAGUGGAGAAAAGCAAUGCUCUUUCAGUAAUGGAAGGAAAAUUUAUUCAGCUUCAAGAGAAGCAAAAAACUCUCAGGAUCAGCCAUGAUGUCUUGAUGGCAAAUGGAGACGAGCUAAAUAUGCAACUUAAAGAGCAGCGUUUAAAAUGCUGCAGUCUUGAGAAACAAUUGCGAUCCAUGACGUUUUCUGAAAGGAGAAUAGAGGAGCUUCAGGAUAGAAUUCAUGACUUAGAAAAGGAACGGGAACUUUUAAAGGAAAACUAUGAUAAACUUUAUAACAGUGCCUUCAGUGCUGCCCAUGAAGAGCAAUGGAAGUUAAAGGAACAGCAGCUGAGAGUACAGAUUGCUCAACUGGAGACUGCUCUGAAAUCUGAUUUAACAGACAAAACUGAAAUCCUUGACAGAUUAAAAACUGAAAGAGACCAAAAUGAGAAAGUUAUUCAAGAAAAUAGAGAACUGCAGUUACAGUACCUGGAACAAAAGCAACAACUUGAUGAACUUAAAAACCGCAUGAAGUUUUACAACCAGGAGAGUGAUAUUAAUGCUGAUGAAUUGAGUGAAGCUCUCCUGCUUAUAAAGGCUCAAAAAUCACAAAAAAAUGGAGACCUUUCUUUUUUAGAGAAAGUAGACAGUAAAAUUAGUAAAGAUCUAGAGCGUUCCAUGAAAGAGCUGCAGGCGACUCAUGCAGAAACAGUGCAAGAACUGGAAAAGACAAGAAACAUGCUAAUCAUGCAACAUAAAAUUAAUAAAGAUUAUCAGAUGGAAGUUGAGUCAGUGACCCAGAAGAUGGAAAAUUUGCAGCAAGAUUAUGAACUCAAAGUGGAACAGUAUGUUCAUCUUCUUGAUAUCAGAGCUGCACGCAUCCAGAAACUAGAAGCCCAAUUAAAGGAUAUUGCCUAUGGCACCAAGCAGUACAAAUUUAAACCGGAAAUCAUGCCAGAUGACUCUGUUGAUGAAAUUGAUGAAACCAUUCACUUAGAACGAGGCGAAAACCUAUUUGAAAUCCACAUCAGCAAAGUAACCUUUUCUUCCGAAGUUUUACAGGCAUCUGGAGAUAAGGAGCCUGUCACCUUCUGUACUUACGCUUUCUAUGAUUUUGAACUACAGGCAACUCCCAUAGUGCGGGGCCUUCACCCGGAAUAUAACUUUACUUCUCAAUAUCUUGUUCAUGUUAACGACUUAUUCUUACAAUAUAUUCAGAAAAAUACUAUCACUCUAGAGGUCCACCAAGCUUACAGCACAGAUUAUGAAACAAUUGCAGCAUGUCAAUUGAGAUUCCAUGAAAUUCUAGAAAAAAGCAGUCGAAUAUUUUGCACAGCAAGUUUAGUUGGAACUAAAGGAGACAUCCCAAAUUUUGGCACAGUGGAAUACUGGUUCCGAUUAAGAGUUCCCAUGGAUCAAGCAAUUCGACUUUAUCGAGAGCGGGCAAAGGCUUUGGGAUACAUAACAUCAAAUUUUAAGGGGCCAGAGCAAAUGCAGCGGUUAAGUCAGCAAGCACCCAAAACUGCUCAGCUCAGUUCUACUGAUUCCACAGAUGGCAACUUAAAUGAACUUCAUAUUACAGUAAGAUCCUGCAACCACCUGCAGUCCCGAGCAAGCCACCUGCAGCCACACCCAUAUGUUGUGUACAAGUUUUUUGAUUUUGCAGACCAUGAUACAGCCAUCAUUCCCAGUAGCAAUGAUCCACAGUUUGAUGAUCACAUGUGUUUCCCAGUGCCAAUGAAUAUGGAUUUGGAUCGAUACCUUAAGUCAGAGUCUCUGAGUUUUUAUGUGUUUGAUGAUAGUGAUACCCAGGAGAAUAUUUACAUAGGAAAAGUCAAUGUGCCUCUGAUUUCACUGGCACAUGACAAGUGUAUUUCAGGAAUAUUUGAGUUAACAGAUCACAAAAAGCAUCCUGCAGGAACCAUCCAUGUAAUAUUGAAAUGGAAAUUUGCUUACCUUCCUCCAAGUGGAUCCAUCACAACUGAAGGCUUAGGAAAUCUCAUACAGAAAGAAGAGUCAGAAGUUGUUCAAAGGCUACCUCCAGCAUCCUCUGCUAGCACAUUAGUUGUAGCACCAACACCUAAACCAAGACGUUUAACACCUAAAGAUAAGAAGGUAUCGUUUGUGGAUAUCACACAACAUCAGGAUUCUGAGACCUCUAUUCCUGCUAAAGAUACAAAGGAAAUUUCACCAGAAGUGGAACAUACGCCAGAAACAGAAAUUAAUAUGCCAACUAUUUCACAUAUUCCUGAGGUUUCUCAGGAAAGCAGUGUAGGUAAGGUAAAGGAAAACACUGAGAUAAUGCAACAAGGGAAAAACGAUGAUGUGUCUUUACUAUCUGAGGGUCAGCUUGCAGAACGAAGUUUGACUUCUUCUGAAGAUGAAACAGAAAUAACUGAAGAACUGGAACCAGAAGAUGUAGGAGACAGAUCAGCUUCUGACAGUGAUGAAUGUAUUAUUCCAGGUCCUAUCUCCAGUAUCAAACAGCCAUCAGAAAAAAUUCGAAUUGAGAUCAUAGCUCUGAGCCUUAAUGAUUCUCGAGUAACUGCGGAUGACACUAUCCAACGGCUGUUCGUUGAGUGCAGAUUCUACAGUCUUCCUGCUGAAGAGACACCUGUGUCACUGCCAAAACCCAAAAGUGGGCAGUGGGUCUACUACAACUAUAGCAAUGUGAUCUACAUGGAUAAAGAAAACAACCAAGCAAAGAGAGACAUCUUAAAAGCGAUACUACUAAAACAAGAGAUGCCCAAUAGAAGUGUUCGCUUCACUGUGGUCAGUGACCCUCCGGAGGAUGAGCAGGAUCUGGAGUGCGAGGACAUCGGCAUCGCUGACGUUGACCUCGCUGACAUGUUUCAGGAAGGGAGAGACAUCAUCGAGCAAAAUAUUGACGUUUUUGACACACGAGCAGAUGGUGGAGGUAUUGGCAAGCUCAGGGUAACAGUGGAAGCACUCCAUGCCCUACGGUCUGUCUACGAGCAAUACAGAGAUGACUUGGAGGCUUGAAAGAAACCGCUCCAGAGGCAUCUCCUACUCCUGAGUAAAUGCUUACAUACAUGAAAGCGCUUAGAUGAGAUCUCUGUAAUUACUCUGGUGUAUAUAAUCUAUAAUUCAUGGGAGGCUGGGGGAAGGGAAGAGGCCUGGGUUUAAAGUGUUCAAGUUUUGUAUACUUUUUCAUUUGUUUAUUUUUCUAUUCCCUCCUUCCCAUGACUGCCACCCCUCAGGACUUAAGUUCUCCACAUUGGGCCACACCUUCUCAAUAAUUUAUAUCUGCACGAUAGCAUGAGAAAGUCUAUUUGCAUUUUCAGCAUUUUCUUAUGAAGAACUGAAAUGCAAUUCCCAUUUUUAUUUUUAAUAAGCAAAAAGCAUUAAUCUUAGAAAACCUAUGAAAAAGAAAUACUUUUAUGUUAUCCCUAAUUGUCCCACUAAAUGGAAUGCCUAUGAUUAGCCUCAUUAAGAGUUUUAUACUGUGAAGAUUUUAUUAGAAGCAAUAUAUGAAAAUUACUUGGAUUAAUGUGUUAAUCUUCCUCUUUAAAAUGCUAAUAUCCAUUUUAUGCACAUUAAAGCUCAGUAUGCACUUUCUUUGAUGCAUGCCAUUUCUAUCAAUUAAAUAUAAAGAAUGAGACUUGGCACCAACUUAUUAAAUUACUGCAAGUUUUUUUGUUAUUCUGUCUUAAACAUUACAGUUCUUAUUUGUAUGAUUUUCAUGUGUUUGUGAUGGUAAUAUAGGACCCAGGGCUGUGUGUAGGUACAGAGAUAGAUACAUAGAUGUAUAUGAAAUUCACACUUCGAAAACUUAGCUUAUGACAUAGGAAGAAAAUACUAAAAAUGUGGCUCAAAUUCUGAUAUACUUAGUUAAACCUGAAAGGAGUAUCUUUUUAUCUUUUUUUAAAAUUUGCAUCAAGCUGGUACAAUGCUAGGAUGUAUCUGGAUAACCAGAUCCUCGAAAAGCAGCUCAGAAAGUUAAUUUUCUAGCUUUUACUCAAUCUCACUGAAGGAUUUAAUUGAUAUUUUUAAUGGAGCUGUGAAUCAAUGCUGCAAAGGAAUUGUCUCUAGAGGUCUGGGAUAUAAUGCAUUUCAUUUUUUAAUUUACUUUUUUAUUUGUCAUUUUCUUCAAAGGAUUUUUAUAGGCUGUGGGUUUUCACUGUUUGCAAACAGGCUAUGUUCCUUCUUAAGCAUAUGUAAAGUAUUCAGGGAGAUAAGUAAUUUAUUAAAAUCUACCUAAUUUGCCGUGAUAUAUUAAAUCUCUGCUUCAGUGAUCACAGACCAUUUCAUUUAGAGAAUUAGGCAUUCCCUCUUUGUGUGAUUAAAGCUCUGGAAAAUGAGUUCUUUGCUCCUAUUUGUGAACAUUCAAAGCCUGCUAAUGGCAAGAAGAUGGAAUAGAUUAUGAGACAAUUCAUUACAGUUCAACAGAAAAAAAAAAGCAGCCAUAAUGCAAAAAUGCAAGUAUGAAUAUCUGCAUAUAGUUUGAACCAUCUGUGCUCUAAUGGCUUCAAUAAUGACUCUCGUCUUUAGGAGGCUUUGAAAUGACAUCCGUACAAUAUUAAUUUGUUGAUGUACAUUGUGGGACCAGUAGAGUAUGAUCUGACUACAGAAAUCUAUAAAUUCUGUCUCUACCAUUGGGCCUCCCUGUCUGGGGCCGGCCAUCUCCAAGAAGAAUCUUGCUCUCAUCAAACUCUGAGAAUCUUCAUAACAACUCAUUCCUCUGGAACCUUCUAGAGACCACAAACAUCUGUGGACUAAACCUCUCCAACCCUAGUAAACAGCCACAUGUUUGUUGUCACUUCAGCUGGCUCUGAGCUCAUCUUUUUGGCCCCUCUUUCUAGCUUUCUUUGGCUUUAAGCAGUUACAGUGUCAUUAAGGCCCAUAAUAUUCCCUGCACUAAUUUAAAACAGCCGGAAUAUACCCUGGGAUUAACUGAGUGGUUUUUGAGACAUUUAUUGUGGUAUUCUCCCAGGAGGUUUGUAUUAUUGUUUUAAAACGUUACAUCCCAAACUAAAGACCCUUUCUGCAGGGAAGACCGGAUUGUGCUGACUUCUUAUGAUCUUCAAGUGGAAAGGGGAAGUUUUUAUUAGAAAACUUCUGAGAUUUAGUCAACUGUGUGGAAUGUAUACCUCAGAUUACAUUGGAGAAUUAGCCAUCUUUCUGUGACUUUCAUGUGUAUCAUAACAGAUUAUUAAAUAUUCCUCUUCUAGUUUUAAAAUACUGAGCUUCAAACUACAUGAAUUUUCACAAAACUCCUCAUAAGAAGUUGAAUAGCUGCUUGACACAUUCUGAAGUGGGUAAGUGGUAUUGGAUGCUUCAAAUGGGUUUCAUAAUCUGUCUGAGAAUAGGUUUUUUGGUUCUGUCUUGUGUUGACCAGAGUUCAUUGAAAAGGUCAGUACCUUUCAGGAUACAGAGCAGUGGUUUCCUCUUGGUGACCCAAGCCUGAGCCAUUAAGUAUGGCUUGAGGGUAGCGGGUGCCAACAGUGGCCCUGCCACCCAGAUACACCAGCUUAAGGUAAAGCCUGUGUCAACUUACAGCUCUUGGUGUAAACGAACACAGUACACUCAGCAUUUUUGGGGUUGUAAUGCUUUUAGUUUGGGAGUAUAAAUAGAGACGUGAUGUGGUGUGCGGGAGAGUGUAUUUUACAUGUUUUUGCCUACUGUAGUAGAAAUGUCAAAUUCCUAGCCACUGUCAUGAGAAGCAGUUGACAAAAAUAAGCUUUAUGGUUUACAGUGUGGUUUACGUAGAGAACAUUUCUCUUCACUCUCAGUUUCAACAUGUUUUCUAAAUUAUCACGGUUUAUUGCCAUUUAACUUAAAUUAGUUUUUUUAAGAAUAAAUAGAGAAUAUAUUUAAUCAAAUAAAGAACAGCCACAUUGAAAUUCUGCUGUUCCUGCCAUUCACUUGUUACCACAAAACACAAAUAAUUUCUACGUAUUAUAAAGAAGUAUGGGCUGAGAAGUGGUCUUGUGAUUGGGGAGGUUCUGUGUGCACCCACGUUCCCACAACAAAACAUAAAUUAUUUUAGUAAUCUGACAUCAAGAGCUGUGACAAUGAAAACCACUUCUUACACAUGUUCUAACAAGAAUCUGAUUAACAUUUUUGUGGAUAUGGAAAAUAAGGUUUUUUUUUAGUCAAACUGGCACUAUUGCUGAAUUUAGAAUGAUUUCCUUAUGCUCUAGACAGCAAAAUGUGCAUCAUGUCUGUGAGCAAAUAUGAGAAUAAAAUACCGUCUUUGGGUAGCACAGAACAACCAAGGGAGAGCUUUGGGGAUAUAAAAUUACUGCGUGAUUGACAAUACCAGGAUGGUCAUUCAUCCCCAACUAUGAGAGGACAUUUUAAUAAGUCACUCAUGCCUGAAGGCCUGUGACUACCUUAACAAAGGAAAACCAAACCCAUGAUUUAUUACAGAUUGGGCAACCUGCCUAAUUAGAUCCAUGAAUGGGAGCAAACGCAGCUUUACAUCCCCUUUGUUCAGAACAAAAACAACCCCCAGGUCAGCCAGAAAGCUAAAAAAAAUCAAAGCUAUAGAAACAAGUGUUUUAGAAACUGGAAAUAUAGAAUUAGAAAACAUCUCCUCAUCCCAACCUCUUUUAUCUUGCAAGAUAGAACACUCACUUCCAUUUCAAAGCAGCACCAGUGGACUGCACCUUGCAGUCUGACCUCCUGCAAAAUUGGGCCCGUGUUCCUGGUGUCGUCGCACCUUUUGUUCUUGCCCUUUCCUUUUCUGUAUAACAUUGACUAUUACAUUUCAGCCGCAUUUCUCCUUCAGUUUUUCUGAAGUCAGAUCUGGUUCCCUCAGACUCAGAACAUGCCCUCUUUUCUUUGGUAGGUGCCUUUGGGCUGUUCCUCUGCUUUUUGCCCUUUCUCACUCUUUAUUGAGUUCACCUUUCUCAUCCCCGCCCCAGCAUCACAUCUCCCUUCAUUGAACAUCAUCAUGAUUUCUUUUUAAAUCAGAUUUACAUCUUGAUCUUUAUGUUUCUGUCAUCUGUUCUCCUCACACCUGUGUUCAGCGGCAGCAUCUCCUCCCACCUGUCUGUCCCUUCCUCAUUUUCAGUUAGUCAGAGCACACAUUUUUCCCUCCUCUUUUCUUGGUGCUAUGGCCACUUCUCUAGAGAGCAGCAUCUUUGACAUUUCCAGUGGCCUUCCCCAAAAUGUUCCUUUGCGUCAAGGCUUUUCUUAAUGUAACAUGACGGGGCACUCUUAGCCAUCAGGAAACUAAGGAAACAGCAAGAUGAUUUCUGUGUCUGGUGCUUCUUGUACCUUUUUACAGUGAAGUAACUAACAGAGGCUGAAACUCAGAGCUCGCAGGAACCACUGGUAAGGAGCUGAAGCAUUAUGAGUGUGUAAGAAAUGUUAAGGAAAUAUGUCAUUAAAAUCAAGCUGUAUUUGGUGUAAGUGUGUUUUGUCAUAGUUACACAUGUCUUUAACAACAGGGAAAAAUAAGAGAAAUUUUGGAAGAAAACUUAAAAGACUGCAUACAACCUAGAGGUUAGGAAGACUUUUCUAACCAAGAGAGGAAAGACACGCUAUAAAAUAGUAGUAAAAUAAUGUAUUGAAUAUGUAAGUGUUAAGGGAGGGUGGUAAUUUUAAUAUCAGACUACAUAGAAUCCAAGGUGGAAAACAAGGGACAACAAAAGAUAGAACGUAAUUCUUAGAGAGUCACAGAUCAAAAAACAAGAGAAAGUCUAGAAGAUUUGCUUAAGAUGAUUACUAAACUGAAAUGAAUACAGAAUUGCAUGAAGAACAUUCAGCGAAAAAUUAACCAUGUUCUCAACUACAAAGGAAGUCUCAGUUUCCAAAGAAUCAAAAUCUUAUGGGUUUGUUUCUGUGAGCACAAUGCAAUGAAAUUAGAAAUCAGUGAUAAAAGGCUAUCUAAAAAAUAAUUUUAUCUAAAAGUUAAAAAUAUCUGUUCUUAUUAUUAUGCUGAGUUCUAACAGGACAAGAAAUAACCCACUCCUCCAACAUAACUAGGAGACAGAAAAUUCUGCAAACUUCACUUUACGUGUAAGUGGGGAAACAGACAUCAGCUCCGAAGCCCACACCAGAGCGGGGAGCAAGGCAAGGUUUAAGCGCAAGAGAGGAGCCUGUGACAGGACUCUAGUGGCGGCACGACACAGAUAAUGUCAACUAAGAUUGUCCCAGAGUGAGGAAGUACUAAGGACCGGUCUGAGGCCUGGUGGAUCAGAGUAGUGGCUACUGGGACAGGGAAAGGAGGAGGCUUGGAAAUGCAGAGGACCAGAGGUAGCAGCCUUGGAAAGAUACCUCUUCCGGAAGAGAAAGCGGCAUUUUGGAAGGAGGAGGUCCCCCUUAGAGGCAUAAUAAUGAAAUGAAAGAAGGAACCAGCUGAAACUGUGGGCCCCAGAGAAACCAGGUACUAUCGUUAAAUGGUGUCAAUAUCAACACACAGUUAUUCAUUAAAGAAACUACACUUCACUGUAGCAGCAACGGAGGACACUCUUGAGCUAACAAACCUUAUAAGCCACCCAAACCCCCGCCCCACCCGUGUGACUUCCUGCCCUGGCUCGUCCAGGAAAAUCUAAAACAACUUUUAAUUUAAAAAGAGAAUCCUGGAUCCAUAUUCUGUAAGAAAACAAAAUGAGAAAACUUUUCAGCAGGAUGGAGUUCUACCCCAGUAAUGGUGAAUUUGAUGGUUUGGACCACCCUUCCUGUUAAGAACAACUUGGAAAACUAAUUUUAUCUCAGCUGUGAGAAAUUACAGGAACAAGAUCUGAAAACAGGAAAGCCGGAAGAUGCGUCAGUCCUGAAGGCCGAUUUUUCCUAGAUGCAGCUGCCAAUCUGAAAGCAUGGGUAAAAGACUCAGAAGCUGAACAGAUCUUCUGACAGAUUCAUAGGGCUUUGAAGAACAGAAACUGUAAUUUAGGGUCCACUGAAGACUAGGAGCCCCAGUAAAUCCCCCAGGCUCAAAUUAUUCCUGUGUUUUUUAUGUACACUGUUUGGUACACAUAUAAAAUUAACGAUGCACAUAAGGAGACAAAACCACAUGACUGAAAGACUAAGACAACAGGCAGAUGAAACACCUGUAAGUAAUUCAGAAAAUAGAAUUAUCACCUAUAAUCAAAAAAAUGUUUAAUAUGUUGGUCGAGUUAAAAGACAAUCUUGAGAAUUUUGACAUAGAAUUGGAUAUUUGAAAAAGAACCAACUGGAAGUUUCAUAAAUGAAAAUUAAAAUAACUGAAAUUAAGAAUACAUUAUGUGGUUAUCCAACCACAAAUCAGACACAACUGAAGAGAGACUUAGGGAACUGUAAAUAUAAAAAUCAAGAACAUACUCAUUAAAAUGCAUGGAAGGAAGAAUGGAAAAUACUGAAGAAAAAAGGGCAGGGUGGUUAACAGACUAGGGAUUGUGUGGAAAGUUAUACACACUGAGAUAUUGCAAGUUUGAUUCCGGACCAUCACAGUAAAUCGAACAUCAUAAUAAAGCAAGUCACAUGAAUUUUUUCCCAGUGCAUAUGAAAGUUAAUGUUCACAGUACACUGUAGUCUAUUAAGUGUGUGAUAGCAUUAUCUAAAAAAAAUUUACAUACCUUAAUUUAAAACACUUUAUUACUUAAAAAUACUAACCAUCAUUUGAGCUUUCAGUGAGUCAUCUCUUUGUAAUAGUAACAUCAAAGAUCAUUGAUCACAGAUCACCAUAACAAAUAGAAUAAUAAUGAAAAAGCCUGAAACACUAUGAGAAUUACCAAAAUGUGAUACAGAGACACGAAGUGAGACAAUGCUUUUGGAAAAAUGGCAUUGAUGGGCUUACUUAAUAUAGGGUUGCCACAAAGCUUCAAUUUGUAAAAAAAAAAAAAAUCUGCAAAGCACAAUAAAUCAAA